AUGACCAGGGGCACGCUAACCUUCAUUUGCAUCAAGGCGCUCGUCGCUGUCUUCGCGACUUACCCGGUGCGCGGUGCGAAUCCCGUGUUAAGCUCUGUGCUCCUGGUCAAGGCGUCCGACGUGUCCGAAGCAGAGGCGCACUGCGUGCUGUACGUGCCCGCCAUCAAGGACGUCGCCAAACGAGAAGCUGACGCAGAGUACCUGCCUCUUCUGAACGUGCUGAACGACACCGAGUGCGACUACGAGCGGCGUAGCUUCGAGGGCAAGGUGGUGCUCAUGGAGCACUGCGACAACACUUCCAACGACGACAUCAUCCAGAAGGCCAAGAGCGCAAAGGCUGCUGCCAUUGUCGUGACUUACAACGAGAAGCGACCGAUAGUGGAGACCAGCACUGAUAUAAAGAGGCUGGACAUCGUCGUCGCUUUCGCCAAGAAUUCGACUGGACGAAAGAUUACCCGGCAGACACCUCAAGAUGGCUAG